AUGUCGACGGAUUGGCAAUCUAUCCCAAAUGCGAGCGAUCAUUUGAAAUGGUACGAAAAUAAAGGAAAGCUCAAGCUCAACUUCUUCCUGAGUAUCGUAGCUGUUGGAAUGCUCUUGAACGGAUACGACGGCUCCCUCAUAUCAGGUCUUCAAGCUUCCGAUGCCUGGCAAGCCGAUGUUGGUUAUCCCAAUGGAGUCAAACUUGGUCUAUUGAAUGCCUGCGGUUCUUUCUCCGGUAUUGUUGUGGGUCCAAUCAUCACCUACAUCGAUGAGCAUUUCGGUAGACGAUGGGGUAUCCGAUUCUACGGGGUUACUAUUCUUUUAGGUUCCAUCAUCGGUUGUAUUGCUGGUGUGUCAGGUGCGAAUGGUUAUGCUUUAUUCUGUGUUGGCCGAGUCAUCAUUGGUUUCGGUCUUACUUCAUUCCUCAUGACUAGUUUGAUCGUAGUUCAAGAGAUCAGUCAUCCUAGAUCUAGAUCAACCGUCGCCCAUUCAUGGAACUCAUGGUACAUCCUCGGUCUCUUUAUCGAGGGAUGGGUAAUUUUCGGUUGUGUCGGCUACAUGCAAGGUUCAUGGUCAUGGCGUAUCCCCUAUAUCAUUCAAGUAGGAUUCGCCCUCUAUAUCCUCAUUGCCGUUCAAUUCGUCCCCGAAACACCUCGAUGGCUAUUCGCCCAUGGCCGCCAAGACGAAGCAUUCCAAUUCAUGGUCACAUACCAUGGGAACGGUGACCCUCAAGAUCCUCUGGUGUUAUUCGAGUUUGAGGAGAUGAAGAACGCUAUCACUCAAGAGCAAGAAGCCAAAGCUGAAAAGUGGUCGACAAUCUUCCGUGGCCGAUCCAACAGACACAGAUUAGGACUAGCAACCCUCAUGCCUUUCUUAUUUAAUCUUUCCGGAGCGUCGAUCUUGUAUUUGUACUAUACGAUCGUCUUUGACCAGGUUGGAAUCACCGAUGCGACCACUCAAACGGGUUUGGCAGCUGGACUGAAUGGGUUUACCUGGAUUUGUCAGAUCGCCGCUGUCUACGCCGGGAAGUUUAUUGGAAGAAGACAGAUUGUGCUGUAUACUUGGCCUUGGCUUUUACUUUGUUUAAUCGGAUUAUGUGUAUCUGGAGCGGUGUAUUCCAAUACAGGCGAGGUCAGCAAAUCAGCCGGUAUAGCUACUGUCUCACUCGUAUGGAUUUAUCAAGGAUUUUUCAAUUUCGCCUGUCCAGUCAUCUACUCUUACGCCUCGGAAGUGCAGACCUACUCGAUGAGAUCGAAGGGGUUAUUAGUCUGGAAUACGGUAUAUCAACUGCAGGGUGCUUAUGUCGCUUGGGUUGAUGCAAUUGCCUUGAAUGCUAUUGGUUAUAAAUACUAUAUCGUCUACAUGCCUUUGGUAGUCAUUGAAUUCGUCUUAGUAUACUUCUUCAUGGUAGAGACCAAAGGGUACACUCUCGAAGAGAUCGCACUAGCUUUCGAUGGAGGAUCUAAGAUCUCUUUGGCCAAUGCCGAUGUACUACCUUCCGUUGAACAUUCUCAACGAAAUGGGGAUAAUACCGAGGAACAGACUCGAGGUGAUGCAGAAGGGGAUUACAAGAAUGCGAUUGAGGGAAGGUAG